AUGGGCAGAAAGAAAGGCAAUUUGCCCGCCGAGGGCCAUGUCUCCGGCCAAUCAAACAAGCCGCUGACCGCGCCCGCCCACGCCCUCACCUUCAAACAGGUUGAGCAGGAGCUCAAAUCCGACGCCCUGAGCGGUCUUUCCGCCGAGGAAGCCGCCUCUCGGUUGCUGGAAUUUGGUAACAAUGACUUGGGCGAGGCAGAGGGCGUUCAGCCCCUUCGGAUUAUCGUUGCUCAAAUUGCAAAUGCCAUGACAAUGGUCCUUAUCCUUGCUAUGGCUGUGUCCUAUGGCUUCAAGUCUUGGAUUGAGGGAGGUGUUAUUACCUUCGUCAUUCUCUUGAACGUCGUCGUUGGUUUCUUCCAGGAAUACUCGGCCGAAAAGACCAUGGAUUCCCUCCGAUCGCUUAGCUCUCCCACCGGAAACGUCGUCCGUCAAGGCCGGUCUCAUGUCAUCCCCUCCGGCGAGAUUGUUCCUGGCGAUCUCAUCGAACUCAAGAUGGGUGACACCGUCCCCGCUGAUGUCAGGCAAGUUCCACUCACAUCAUUUCUCAGUCCAAUGGUACUUUUCAUUGAUAUUGGUCUAACAACUCAUCAAAUUGUGUUUAGACUUACCGAAGCCAUCAACUUUGAGACCGACGAGGCUCUUCUCACCGGAGAGUCACUCCCCGUCCGAAAGGAUGAGGAUCAGGUUUUCCCCGACCACACCGGACCCGGCGAUCGUCUGAACGUCGCCUACAGUUCCUCGACUGUUACUAAGGGCCGUGCAAAGGGAAUUGUUUUCGCGACCGGUGUACACACGGAAAUCGGCGCCAUCGCCUCGGCUCUUCGAAAGAAGGACUCCAAGCGCCGCCCUGUCAAGCGCCGCCCCGACGGCACCGCCAAAUCUUACCGAUACCUCGAGGCCUUCACCCUCACCAUCACCGAUGCCAUUGGCCGAUUCCUCGGUGUGAACACCGGUACCCCGCUACAGAAGAAGCUGUCUCGCCUGGCGAUUCUCCUCUUCGGCAUCGCCGUUCUCUGCGCCAUCAUUGUCCUUGCCGCCAACAAGUUCGAUAGCAAGACCGAGGUCAUCAUUUAUGCCGUCGCCACCGGCCUCUCCAUGAUUCCCGCCAGUCUUGUCGUCGUCUUGACAAUUACCAUGGCGGCCGGUACCAAGAGGAUGGUGGAGAGGAACGUUAUUGUCCGAAACCUCAGGUCUCUCGAGGCCCUUGGCGCCGUUACCGACAUUUGCUCCGACAAGACCGGCACGCUUACGCAAGGCAGGAUGUUGGCUCGAGGCGCAUGGAUCCCUGCCCUUGGUACCUUCACUGUCGAGAACUCCUCCUCGCCCUUCAAUCCCGAAUCCGGCGAUAUCCGCUUCACCGAGAAGCUUCCUACCAAGAUCGACUUCAAGAAGAGUGGUGACGCGGAAACCGGCCCUAUUACCGCUGCUGCGAAUCUCAUCGAGAAGGGCAGGGAUGCCUUGGUCGAUUACCUCCGUAUCUGCUCCUUUGCCAAUCUCGCGACCGUAGUACAUACCGACGGCGAGUGGAAUGCUCGAGGUGAUCCUACCGAAAUUGCCAUCCAGAUUUUCGCCUCUAGGUUUGACUGGAACCGCCUGAAGUUCACCAGCGGCGAGCAUCCCGCCUGGACUGACUUGGCCGAGAUGCCUUUCGAUUCGGACGUCAAGCGCAUGUCUGUCAUUUACAGGGAGAACAACACCGGCGCACUUCACGUUUUCACCAAGGGCGCCGUCGAGAGGGUCCUCGACCAGUGCAUCAACUACCUCCCCACCGCCGACAGCACUCAAUUGGUGCCCUUGGACGAAGAGAUGCGCACACAGAUCCUCCAGAACAUGGAAGUCUUUGCUGGCCUGGGUCUCCGUGUGCUCGCUCUCGCCAGCAAGCCGUUCCAGGGUGUCCUUAAGAAGGGCGACGAUGUUGAUCGAGCAAGCGUCGAGUGCGAGCUUACCUUCCGAGGUCUCAUCGGACUCUACGAUCCUCCCCGUCCCGAAUCGGCCCCCGCCGUGCGACAGUGCCACGAGGCCGGUAUCUCCGUCCACAUGCUUACUGGUGACCACCCCGAGACUGCCAAGGCCAUCGCCAUUGAAGUUGGUAUUCUUCCUCAGAGGAUGGACCGCGUGGCCCGCGACGUUGCGGCUGCCAUGGUUAUGACCGCCACGCAAUUUGAUGCCCUCACGGAUGACCAGGUCGAUGAACUUCCAGUGCUCCCUCUUGUUAUUGCUCGUUGCGCUCCUAGCACCAAGGUUAGGAUGAUUGAGGCUCUCCAUCGUAGGAAGAAGUUCUGUGCCAUGACUGGUGACGGUGUUAACGACUCUCCCUCUCUUCGACGCGCUGAUGUCGGUAUUGCCAUGGGUCAAUCUGGGUCUGACGUCGCCAAGGACGCUUCCGAUAUUGUGCUUGCCGAUGAUAACUUCGCCUCGAUCGUCGCCGCCAUUGAGGAGGGUCGCCGUAUCUUUGACAACAUUCAAAAGUUUGUGCUUCACGUGCUUGCGGAGAACAUUGCCCAGGCUGGAACUCUGCUCGUCGGUCUUGCUUUCAAGGAUGCGCGCGGUCUCUCGGUCUUCCCUCUUGCUCCUGUUGAAAUCGUUUGGAUUAUCAUGGCUACUUCUGGUAUGCCCGACAUGGGUCUCGGUUUCGAACGAGCUGUGCCGGACAUCUUGCGACGACCCCCGCAGUCCCUCAAGACCGGUAUCUUUACCCCCGAAUUCUUGCUCGACAUGGUUGUCUACGGCCUCUGGAUCACCGCCCUUUGCUUGUCUAGCUUCACCCUCGUCGUCUACCGAUGGGGCGGAGGUGAGCUCGGAGAGAACUGCAACGAGAGCUACAACGACUCCUGCGACGUGGUCUUCCGAGCUCGCGCCACAACUUUCGCCUGUCUUACCUGGUUCGCUCUCUUCCUCGCUUGGGAGAUGAUUGACAUGAGGCGCUCGUUCUUCCGCAUGCAGCCCGGCUCGAAGAAGUACUUCACCCAGUGGAUGCACGACGUCUGGCGCAACCAGUUCCUCUUCUGGGCCAUCAUGAUCGGCUUCGUCACUCUCUUCCCCCUCCUCUACAUCCCCGUCAUCAACAAGGUUGUCUUCAAGCAUAAGGGCAUCUCGUGGGAGUGGGGCAUCGUCUUCGUCAGCGCGGCUCUCUUCUUCGGCGGCGUGGAAUUCUGGAAGUUCUGCAAGCGCGUGUACUUCAGGCGCCAGGCGGUCAAGAAGCAAGGCACUGCUUGGAAGGACAUGGACAUCGAGCAGAGAGUGUUCGGCGAGUAUCUCCAGCACGAUUCGGGGCCGGCUUCGGACGAGGAAAAGGCUGCGGCUUCCAGGAACCCGGUGGAAUGA